AUGGUCUUCAGUAAAGAAGACUCCAAAGGUUUCCAAAACUCCAGAAAACCCACCAAAAUACCAAGAAGUGUCGCGACUAGUGCACAUCCACAUAUCAAGAUGAAUCCCAGUACGCCUACAUUUACCUCGCCCAUGAAAUCCGAGAGCAAUUGUGCUGCUCGUAGAACUCCUGAGACUCCAACACGGGCUCGGAAGAUUAGUAGGUGUAAUAGCAAAGACAAAGGCAUGAGCAGGAAAACUUCCUUCUCGAAGAUUCCAAGUAGCCCUGGUUCAACCAGAAUGCUUCAGACGAGUCCGAUUGCCUUUGCCCUUGCUGGUGCGGGUAGGAUGAAUUUACGCUAUAGAGAUACUCCUAGUAUUUCUUCGACGGGUUCAGAUUCAACGAUUAGGGAAAAGAUUGCUGAGGCAAUGGCUACAGAUCAAUUUGCGAUGUCCGAUCGUGAUAUUCCUCUAUCUCCACAGAAUAAGAUUAGAAUAAUUGCAGCAAACAUGAGUAAUCCUCUCGCAAACAAGGGAAAGAGCUUACCAACUACUGGUAUUACGCUGCCUGAGUCCACUGACAUGAAGGGUGUCAUUUCCCAGGUAGAAUCGCCCCCAAUUUUCUCUGAAGCAAUGGCUUCUCCUGCUGUCCCAAAGCCAGUACUUACUUGCAACGCAUCGUAUACAUCUUCCACGUAUACACCAGCAAAGAUCUUCAUAGCACCCUCAACACCUAGUACUACUCGUAAACCUGCAGGAUCGUCUCUAUCACGUCCUAUAAAAAAGAAAUCUCAAUCCACGCCACUUCUCCCAAAGCGACAUCGUUCCUCUACAGGGUCCUCUCGUCACGUUGUUGCAUCCAGUGCUCCAAGCGAAUUCUAUGAGUAUCAUACCAUUAACGGUACUAUCGACCUCCCAUUUCCCUUCAAGCAAUAUUCAUCUGGUGAUAGUUCUGGUUACCAUUCAGGCGUUUCUGGCUCCGGAUCGACUUCCUCGUCUCGCACGUCUCUUAAAAACAUCUACCGGGGCUUUUUACAUAACGUGAGGCCCAGAGUUCUGGGUGCGUAUGUUUUGUUUGGAGGCUCCAUCAUCUGGCUUGUAUGGAUGACUUCGAGCAAGAUUCUCACAGGCAAGAAAGGAAAUCCAGGUCGUGGCCAUGGUAGAAUUGGUGGACAUGUUUCUCCAUAUGGAAUGAGCAUUCCUACGUUGACUCCAUCGUUUCCCACGCAUUCUAUUGAGGAGCUCAUGCCUGUUGAUGAGCCAUACCUCUCUACCGGGGGUGCCAACAAUCGUCAGAUCACACAAAAUUCCCACAAGUCGCGUCCCAAUACACCUUCAAAGUCCGAACCAGAAGAAAGUCUUUGGGAUAUCUUGAGUUUCCUCUCUGUGCCUUUGGCAUGGAUGUUCGGUCUAAUCCUUGUCUUGCUUUUUAUCCUUGGGCUGCUCGAGUAUUUACCCCCAGUCUUUCCUUCUGGUGGCGGGGUAGCUGAUAGGGGUUGGAGUGAAAAAGUGUGA